GCGGGGCGGGCACCACGUGCGGCGGCAGCAGCAUGGCGGCGGCGGCGGCGGGCGGCAGGAGGGGCAAGGCCCCGCGAGGGGCGGCGGGACGGCGGCGGCCGCGGGUGGCGGUCCCGGGCGCCGAGGGGAGGCCGCGGGCGGCGGCCGGCCGGCCCGUUGACGAGGAGGUGUCCAGCGACUCCGAGCCGGAGAGCCCGUCGUUGCGGCGGCGGCGGCGGGAGGCGGCGGCGGAGGAGGAGGUGGAGGAGACGCCGCAGGAGAAGAAGCUGCGCCUGGCCAAGCUGUACCUGGAGCAGCUCCGCCAGCACGAGGAGGAGCGGGCUGCCGAGGAGGAGGAGGAGACCCAGCCGGCGGAUCUCAUCGGCGACCGGCUGAAGGAGGACGUGCUCGAGCAGAAGGGCCGGCUGCAGCGCCUGGUCGCCAAAGACGUGCAGCCUCCGGAUCCAGCCAGCAUCCGAGUGCUGCGGGGGCACCAGCUGCCCGUCACCUGCCUGGUCGUCUCUCCGGAUGACAGGUUCAUCUUUUCCGCUUCCAAGGAUGGCUCCCUCAUCAAAUGGGAGGUGCAGAGCGGGAAGAGGCUGUGUGUGGUGCCCGGGGGCAAGAAGGGCACUGAGGAGCAGCACAUGGGGCACGCGUCCCACGUCCUCUGCAUGGCCAUCUCGUCGGAUGGCAAGUACUUGGCCACAGGAGACAGGAACAAGCUGAUCAUGAUCUGGGAUGCAGCCACCUGCAAGCGCCUGCACAUCUUCACCGGACAUCGCGACGCUGUCUCGGGCCUGUCCUUCCGGAAGGGCACACACCAGCUGUACAGCGCCUCCCACGACCGCUGCGUCAAGGUCUGGAACGUGGCAGAGAAUGCAUAUGUGGAGACCUUGUUUGGGCACCAGGAUGUCAUCACAGGGCUGGACAGCCUGAGCCGGGAGUGCUGCGUGACGGCGGGGGGACGGGAUGGCACCGUGCGGCUCUGGAAGAUCCCUGAGGAGUCGCAGCUCGUGUUCUACGGGCACCAGGGCUCCAUCGACUGCAUCCAGCUCAUCAACGAGGAGCACAUGGUGUCGGGCGCUGAUGAUGGGUCCGUAGCCCUGUGGGGGCUGACCAAGAAGAAGCCGCUGGCGCUGGCCCGGCAGGCGCACGGCAUGCAGGAUGUCCAGGGCCUGCAGCAGCCGUACUGGAUCUCGGCAGUGGCUGCCCUGCGCAACACUGACCUCCUGGCUACAGGCUCCCACAGUGCCAGCGUGAAGCUCUGGAAGUGUGGUGAGGGAUUUCGGAAGCUGGAGCCCCUCUGGGACAUCCCCUUGGUGGGUUUCGUCAACAGCCUUGCGUUCUCGGCAGCUGGUGACUUCCUGGUGGUCGGCCUUGGGCAGGAGCACCGGCUCGGACGGUGGUGGAGAGUCAAAGAAGCCAAAAACAGCAUCUGCAUCAUCCCCCUGAAGAAGAGGGCCUCAGCCCCCAGCCCCGAAGCCCCCGACAGCUCCUAGCUCCCUGGCCCGCAGCUGGGUCGUUAAACCCUGUCCCUGGAGCUGCACCCCACGUCCUUCGUGCACCCACCUUCCCACGGCCGGCAGGAUGUGAGCAGGGGCUGUUGUGUGGUCCCUGACCCUGCUGGCCCCCAUAUCGUGACGUGGCUCUGCCCUCUGCGAGGGUCUGCCCCCUUCCCUCAGGUUCAGCUGGACCUGAGCUCCAGAAGAGUUCAUUUAAAAAAAACCCCAAAAACAAAAAACCCACUUUAUUUACAUAAAUUACAAAAAAAAAAAAAUCACACUCUUGCUCACAGAAAAAAU